AUGACGCGGACUACCAAUGAUGCCAUCGCGCUUGCAAGGGAAAUUGGCCUUCGCUACCUAUGGAUCGACGCUCUCUGUAUCAUUCAAGAUGACAAAGAUGACUGGUUACGCGAGUCUUCUCAAAUGAACUUAGUGUAUCGCCACGCUUUUGUCGCUUUUUGUAGUCUAAACUCGAAUUCAUGUCACGAGAGCUUCCUCAAUAAAGCCCUGGCGAUAGAGGUUCCGUUCCAGUCAACUAUACGGAAAGGCAUCAAAGGUUCCUACUUGAUUCGACUACGUUCAGUAGACGCACCCUACACACGUCGCAAAAAGUACGCAUGGGACAAGAGGUUAUCGAAGUGGGGCAAGAGAUGCUGGACUCAUCAGGAGGAAGAAAUGUCGACUCGACUCAUACUUUUCGGGAACUUGAAAAUGCAUUUUUCCUGUGCUAAAUACAAAUGGUCUGAAGGAGAUGAAGCUCCUAGGCCUAGAUCUACAAGGGGAGUCAUGGACCAAAUCAUCAGGUUCAGGGACGGCUCUAUCUCCUCCAAGGAACUCUACCAAUUCUGGAGCCGGUUAGUUCACAAAUAUGGUUAUCGCACAGUGACUUUCGAAAAAGACCGCCUUCCCGCUAUCGCUGGACUUGCUCGCAUGGUAGGCGAGACACUCCAAGACCAGUAUCUCGCCGGACUCUGGAAGGGUGAUCUAAUCUACGGAUUGGCCUGGUACAGCAGUGGUGAUAUGCUUUCACGCGGUCUUGACGUUCACAUACGGAAUAUUCGGGAACGGGCUUAUGUUGCACCUUCAUGGUCUUGGGCAGCAUGCCCAGCUGUGGCAGUCGUGAGAUAUCCCGGUGCACGUAUAGUCGAAGAGUCAACUGUAGUGAACGUCAAUACUGAUACCAAUCCCAAGGAUCCAUAUGGACAAGUUUCCGGGGGGUAUCUUCGAAUGCACGCGAAAAUGGCUGGAAUGCCGAGAUGGUUACCGACUGACCAAGGAACCCGGUGGUUAAACACCUGGUACCACAUCGUGGGAGACGACGAUGCCAUUCAGGUUAUCACAGAUUGGCUUCACAAGGAUGAAGAAAUAGGACUGGAGAUUCUCGUCCUCAUGCUUCUCCACCGCAUUGAGCGCGAGAAUGAAACAGAAGAACCAUCCCUACGGGCUCUGUUACUUCAUCCUGCCGGUGAAGCGGAUCUAUAUUACCGAGUGGGCGUUGCAAUAUCUUACGGACACGAGGCGUGCAGAGUGAUGAAAGAUUGGUUUGACGAUAGCCAAGAAGAAACCAUUUGCAUUAUUUGA